AUGGACAAACCAAAAACUUCAAAAAGAACUACGCCAAGUUUGCGAACCAAGAAGAAGAAUACUGACAGACAAAGGUCAACAUCGCGACCCAGCACCCAAAGUUCAGCAAGCACUCCGAGCAGUAAGCAAAAGAAAGACGUAAGCCAAAACUCUAAAAGAGGAAAUGGCGGUGGACCUCCGAAAAAUGUGGGGGAUCGAGAACCAAUGAUUGAUAACGACAAAAACAAGAAAAAGGAAGAAAAGAAGAAAGACCCGAAAAAGAAGUCGUCAGAAACAGAGAAGAAGCCAGAGCCUUCUCUAGGAGAGACAAAGGAAGGUGUUAAAAAGACUGGAGCUGACGCUAUCAGUAACAUAGAAGUUAUUCCUGAUAAGAACCCUGCUAAAAUGGAUGAUGGAUACGAGGAUUUCGGACCAGGCGCAGCCUGA